GUGCGCAUGCGUAUAGCACAGGGCAGCGUUCAUCGCGCUUUAGCUGAAGACUCGAUGCUGUCAAGUUAACGCACUGGCUGGGGGCACCGUUCCGAGAUUUGUCUCGCGUACCGUUAUUCACGUCAAAUGCUGGCAGAAAAUAGCUGCCGAGCGAUUCAUGCGAUGUAACAAAACAGAGGGAGGGCAAAAUACGGACCGAUAUCAGAGAGACGCCGCACCAGCGCUUGAUAAACACAGCAGUAGUCAGUCAUGCCGCUGGUGAAGAGGAGUAUCGAGCCCAAGCACCUGUGUCGAGGAGCUCUGCCUGAUGGAGUGCCCAGUGAGCUGGAGUGUGUCACCAACAGCACCCUGGCAGCCAUCAUCAAACAACUGGGCAGCCUGAGUCGUCACGCAGAGGACAUCUUUGGAGAGCUGUUUAAUGAAGCCAACAGUUUCUACAUGCGUAUGAAUAACCUGCAAGAGAGAGUGGACCUGCUGGCUAUCAAAGUGACCCAGCUGGACUCCACCGUGGAAGAGGUCUCUCUGCAGGAUAUCAACAUGAGGAAGGCCUUCAAGAGCUCCACCAUUCAGGACCAGCAGGUGGUUUCCAGAAGCUCAAUCCCAAAUCCUGUCCUGGAGCUCUACCACCGUGGAGACAAACCUCCCCCUCUUAACAUUCUCAGCCCUUACAGAGAUGAUAAGAAGGACGCACUGAAGUUCUACACAGACCCCUCCUACUUCUUUAUCCUCUGGAGGGAGAAAAUGCUGCAAGCCACAGAGGACAAGAGAAAAGAAAAGAGGAGACAGAAGACCAGCGGCUCAGGCCAGACUCACUCAGACCAGACUAAGCCCCACUCCAGACAGGCCCUUCUCAGAAGCCCCCUCCUAUCCUCCGAGCAGCAGAAACAGGUGGAGGACCCCAGUCGUGAGGUGAAAAAGGUUCGUAAGGCUCGGAAUCGUAGGCAGGAGUGGAACGUAAUGGCGUAUGAUAAGGAGUUCCGCUCAGACGCCCGCUUCACACCUUCACCGUACCAUGGCAUGUCCUCUGAGGGCUCGCUUUCACCAGACAACAGGUCGGUUGCCUCAGACAUGGGUGAGCACUCUUACCCAGGCAGCCCCAGUCACCCGGCUCAGCAGAUGGCCGUGGCCAGUGCCUACUCCGCUGCCAAUGGCAAAGAUCACCUCAUGGCCCCCUCUCAUGUCCAAACCCAGUCCCUAGACCGCGUGUAUCGGCCGGCCGCUUCCUCCUCCGCUCCACCUGGGAGACAGACCACUGGCAGGGUUCAGACGUCCCAUGGACAACCAGUUACAGACCCUGCUCUCAACGGGCCACGUCCUCUACAGGCUAAAGACUACAGUGGUCAGCAGUCUCAACAUCGAGAGUAUUUUGUACCUCCUGCUCCUCCUCCACCUCCUCCUAUCAUUCCUUCUGCCCAGACUGCCUUUGACAGUCCCACCGGCCCCUCCUCUGCCCCUGCCAGUACUAUGCCAUCUCUUUCCCAGACCUACAGUGUUUCUCCUCCAACCCCUGCCCUCCCUGCUUCCUACACCCCUUCCCCAACCCAUCCUCCUCCCGCAGCGCCCCCUCCACCUCCACCUGGGCCACCCACACACCCCCACCCACACCCUCACUCACACACCAUGCCCACUGCCCCUGCGGAAGCACCAGUUGUCCCCAGGAAGGGCCAGAUACCUCUCAUCCCAAUGAGCGACGCUCGCAGCGACCUGCUGGCAGCCAUCAGACGAGGGAUCCAGCUGCGUAAGGUGCAGGAGCAGCGGGAGCAGGAAGCAAAGAAGGAGCCGGUUGGGAACGAUGUGGCCACUAUAUUAUCCCGUCGCAUCGCCGUGGAGUACAGCGAAUCUGAUGAAGACUCUGAGCCUGAUGAAAAUGAGUGGUCAGACUGAGACAUUGAAAACAACAAUAGAGAAAAAAAAAAAAAAAAACAUGAAGUAAGAUUUAGACUGUAGGUUUCAGAGAACAGAAUAAUCACAACUAAUGUAGCAUGCUAAAAUAACACGGCUCAUGUGUUUAAAAAAUAAGGGCUGUGUAACUACAAAGUCUCAAAGAGACCGAUUGAGAAACUUUUGAAUUUUAGAUUGUACAUCUUAAAUUGAAGCCUUGACAGCGAAGUUUAAUGACCCCAACAAUGUCUAAUGAACAAUGUCCGUUAGAGAUCACUGGCCUGUUGCAUAAAGUGCCUAGACUAGUCUUAAAAGUUAGACACCUGAUUUUUUUUCUGCAAGACAUGAAAACAUAGAUUAAAUCUUAAAAGUAAGACUGAUAACCACUUGGUUAACCAAUUCUUAAGACACAGUCUUAACAUGGUGACUAUGUUUAUGCAACCAACCCCUGGUCAUCUAUGAAGAGUAUUUGAGUCCACUGCCUUGAUACUAUUCAUCAAUUACUCUGAAUGUGGGGGUCCUGCCAUCUGUCCUCUCUGCUGCACUCUUUCUCUCACUCUCCCUAACCUUAGAACAUGACCAUAUUAGAACAGCCAGCUGGAUGAUCAUGCAAUGUUAAUUUCAGUCCUACUCGCCCAGGAUUACAACUUAAAGGUCAAAGAAAAUAGCUAUAAAAUCAUUUGGGGCUAAUAUAUUAAGCAUUUACCUAAACAUUUUCAUGUCUAAGCCCAAAGAAACAGCUGCAUUUUGAUAUCUUGAAUGCAUGUUUUGACUGAGUAUCAAGCAGAUAACAAAGCAGUUGAAAUUACAACUGCAAGUCAAAAAAAAGCUAUAUUCUUGAGCGAUUUGCUCCGAUAGAGCACAAACACUUAGUAGAUGUUUAGUUAGAUUUUUGUUUGUUGAUUCAAAUUUAUAAAAAGUUACACCUGUUUGCAUUCAAAAUAUCGCAGCUUAUUGAAUAGCAUGGAUGGACAAUCUGAAUCUGAAAACUGUAUCAAGGGCGUGUAAAAAAAAAAAAAAAGGUUCUUUCUGGGACUAGAAGAUAUUUUCUGAAUCUAAAGGAUGUUGGAAGGCUCAGUGGUGAUGUUUCAUAUACUUUAUUGGUGACACUAUUUCCCCAAAUGUGAUUAAUUUAAAUUAUUAAACCCAUUUUAAUGGGUUGGAAUGAUUUUUAGGGCUUCGUUUGCUUUCUUGACUUCAAGUAAAAAGAUACUAUAUUGGUGCAUUCUGAAUCCACCAAUAGACAAUAACAAAUUGUGAUUGCUGCAAAAGACAGAACUGGGCUCUUAUUCAUCUAUAGGCUCAUUAAACACAAUACUUUAA